CACCUCCUCGUGAGCAACGCCAUUUUUAAAAACUGAAAACUUUUUUUUUAACAACCAAUGGCAUCAGUGGCAUACACUUUGGUGGAAGAAAUGGCAAACAUAAUGGAUGAAUUCCUAUUGAGUAUAAAGAUACCUACUAUAGUGAACACGUGUUUGAUAAAACCGAGUAUCUGGAAAGUGUUUGAGACUAAAGCUUUAAAAAAUUAUAAAAACUUUGUCAGUUAUUUUUGUAAAUUCAUGAUGAGCUCAAAUAAAUUGAAGGAAGCGUUUGAGGUAGAAACUAAGUAUGGUGCAUUUUAUAUGGGUGGGAAUAUUGAGUGGAGUGCAGAUGGUGAUUAUAUAUUGUGUCAAAAGAUUGGAGUUGUAUCCGUAGUAAAUGUAAACAAAGGUUCUGUUAGCGUAUCUUUAGGAGAAACAGGACCUGAUCAGGAUGAAGAUACAAUUAAUACAUUUACACUAUUUCCUGAUAGUGAAUUUAUUGUCUCGCAUCACAAAAGUGGCUUAUUCAAACUCUGGGAUUGGAAAGCAGGGAAACUUAAAAAAAUGUGGAAAUCUAUUCAUAAUGGUCCUGUAGCUAAAAUUGCUAUUUCAUCCGAUGGCUUGUCAAUGAGUUCUGGUGGCAGUGACAGUAAUGUUAGAAUGUGGGAUUUGCAGCAUCAUGCGUGCACCCACAGCUUUAAAGGUAUUCAAGGAGUUGUGAGUGUCUUAGCCUUUCAUCCAGAUACUAAAAAGCAACUUCUCUUCGCAGCUGGUGAUGAUACCAAAAUACACGUGUGGAAUACACAAAAUGGUCGGGAAGAGAGAGUGCUUUCUGGGCAUUUUAGUAAAAUCACGUCGAUAUCAUUUCACGAUGAUGGAAUACACUUGGUCAGUUCAGGGCGUGACAAGGUAUUAAUUUUGUGGAAUAUUACAAAAGGAACAGCAAUUCGUACAGUUCCUGUUUUUGAGGGAAUUGAAGGAGCCUUCAUUUUACCAAAGUGCUGCGAUCUUCCAUUUCCUCGGGAAAAUUCUGAUGGAAUUUAUGUAGCAGCUGCUGGAGAAAAAGGGAUUGUUAAGAUAUGGGAAAUGAGGGAAGCGCGUCAGGUUUAUAUCCAAAAAAAUUCUUUGGUAUCCUCUGCAAAAGAAGAAGGUGGAUUGGCUAUAACUCAUUUACUUUACAACCCAAUAAUCAACUGUAUAGUUAUAGCUUCUGUGGAUCAUAAUAUAAUUAUUCAUUCCAUGAAUACCUUUCAAUGUAAGAAGCAGUUGGUGGGUUACAGUGACGAAAUUUUAGAUAUCGCUUGUCUUGGUACUGAUGAUUCCCAUUUAGCUGUGGCAACUAACAGUGCUGAUAUAAAAUUAUAUGAAUUAGUAACAAUGGAUUGUCAAUUACUCUGUGGUCAUACAGAUCUUAUUUUAUCACUUGGAACGACCCCAGCCGAUCGACACGUAUUAAUAUCAUCAGCCAAAGAUAACAGUGUCCGCGUAUGGUAUAUGAAUUCUGAAACGAAAAAAGUAUCUAGUAUAGCAUCAGCUGUUAGGCAUACAGCUUCAGUUGGUUCAGUUGCUGUCUCCAACACAUCAGCUAAGUUCUUUGUCUCAGCUAGUCAAGAUUCAUGCAUUAAAUUAUGGAAUUUACCUGAAAAGUUAAAUUUCGAUGAAGAAGUGACAAUCAACGUAACGCAUACAGAAUUGGCCCACGAAAAAGAUAUUAAUAGCAUAGCAGUUUCACCUAAUGACAGAUUUAUUGCUACUGGAUCCCAAGAUAAAACAGCCAAGUUAUGGACAGCAGAGGGCUUACAAUUACUAGGAGUGUUACGAGGUCAUCGUAGAGGAGUAUGGUGUGUUAGGUUUUCCCCAAUUGAUCAAGUACUACUGACCACAUCAGCUGACUGUACACUCAAAUUUUGGUCUUUGACAGAUCUAAAUUGUUUAAAGACCUUAGAGGGACACGAAUCAUCAGUUUUAAAGGCAGAAUUCUUGUCACGGGGGAUGCAACUGAUUAGUUCCGGCGGAGAUGGUCUUUUGAAACUAUGGAGUGUAAAAACCUCAGAAUGUAUAGCUACUUUAGACGAGCAUGACAGCAGAGUAUGGGCUUUGACAGUAAAUGCCAAAGAAUCCCACAUAAUCAGUGGUGGCAGUGAUUCAUUACUGGUAGUAUGGCGAGAUGUAACUGAAGAAAAAUUAACAAAAGCUGCUGAGGAAAAAGAAGAAUUGGCCCUGGGAAUACAGAGAUUAGCAAAUCUAUUAAAAGCUGACAAAUUAACAGCAGCUUUGAAAUUAGCUUUAAGGCUUGAGCGACCUUUUCAAGUAUUAAAGAUAAUAGAUGGUAUCAUAAAAAAGGGCAAAGAAGGGUUGGUAAGCACGAUACAGGAAUUGAAACCGCAUGAAAAGGAAUCGUUACUCAGAUGUGCGGUUACUUGGAAUACAAAUAGUAGAAACUCUCAAGCGGCUCAGUUGAUAAUGUACACGCUAUUAGAUGACAUCGGUACUGAACAGUUACAAUCAUCAGACUUGGGUUCUUCUCUAGAAGCCAUGAUCCCGUACACUGAGAGACAUUUCAAGAGAUUAACACAGUUGAUACAGGAUCUUCAUAUACUUGAAUAUACAAUAAAUCGUAUGAAACCACAUACUCAGAUAGGACAUUAAUUAUAAUACACAAGAUAAGACAGUUUUGAUAAAACUCAUAUUGUUAUGUCAUUGCUACAGGAUCUUCAUAUACAUACUUGAAUAUACAAUAAAUCGUAUGAAACCACAUACUCAGACAGGACAUUAAUUUUAAUACACAAGAUAAGACAAUUUUAAUAAAACUCAUAUUGUUAUGUCAUA